GCACUCCCGGGGUGGGACGUGGGAGCGUGCCCGCGCGCACCCAAGGACCGCCGGCCAGGUUCUUCGGCCCAAUCCUAGCCUGGAGUUCAGUGCCCAACUCACCGGAUAGGCUCUACGGGACCAAAUUAGGGACAAAAAGCCUCCGCCCUCGUUUCUAUUCCGCCGGUUUCAUCUUUCUCUGGAGCGCAAGCUGACGGGCCACCCACCACGGGCGUGAGUUCUGUGAUCGGACUCCUCCCCUCAGUCCUGGAGAAGUCCCAGCCCCUCCUUAUCCUGCUCCUCCUCCGCCGGGAUGCUGCGAUGGUUAAUCGGGGGAGGCCGAGAGCCCCAGGGAUUGGCCGAGAAGUAUCCAGUACAGUCAAUAGGUGAGGAGCAAACCCAGAAUCCCUACACUGAACUUCUAGUACUGAAAGCACAUCAUGAUAUUGUACGAUUUCUAGUACAAUUAGAUGACUACAGAUUUGCAUCUGCUGGAGAUGAUGGAAUUGUGUUUUUAUGGAAUGCUCAGACAGGAGAAAAGAUUUUUGAGCUCCACGGACAUACACAAAAAAUAACAGCUAUAACUGCAUUUCCUUCUUUGGCUUCUUGUGAAGAAAAAAGGCAAAUGAUCUUAACAGCUUCUGCCGAUAGGACCGUUAUUAUUUGGGAUUGUGAUACUGGCAAACAAGUUCAGAAAGUGUCAUGCUUCCAUUCCACAGUUAAGUGUUUGACAGUUCUUCAGAGGCUGGAUGUUUGGCUGUCUGGUGGAAGUGACCUUUGCGUUUGGAACCGAGAGCUAGACCUUCUGUGUAAGACUAGUCACCUCUUUGAUACAGGGAUCAGCGCUUUGAUUGAGUUACCCAAGAACUGUGUCGCAGCAGCAGUUGGCAAAGAACUGAUCAUUUUUAGGUUGAUAGCAUCUACAGACGAAUCCUUAGGCUGGGAUGUUCAGGAGGUUAAACGCCUCCUUGAUCACCAGGAUAAUAUCCUCUCGUUAGUUAAUAUCAAUGAUUUGAGCUUUGUCACAGGCUCCCACGUUGGGGAGCUAAUUGUCUGGGAUGCCUUGGAUUGGACAAUGCAAGCCUAUGAAUGCAACUUCUGGGACCCAUCUCUACAGCUGGAUACACAGCAAGAAAUCAAACUCUGUCAAAAACCAAAUGAAAUUUCCAUUCAUCAUUUCACAUGUGAUGAGGAGUACCUGUUUGCUGCUGUGGGAAGGGGCUUAUACGUGUAUAACCUUCAAAUGAAGCGUAUGAUUGCCUGCCAGAAAACUGCACAUGACUCCACUGUCCUGCACAUUGUCACACUUCCAAACAGGCAGUUAAUCUCUUGUUCAGAAGAUGGCAGUGUUCGCAUUUGGGAGUUACGGGAAAAACAGCAGCUGACAUCUGAACCUGUGCCAACAGGAUUUUUCAACAUGUGGGGAUUUGGAAGGGUAAAUAAAUCAGCAAACCAGACCAUCAAAAAACCACAAGAAAAUGCCACUGUGUGUUCCUUGGAGCUUAUUGGUGAUUUGAUUGGACACUCAUCUUCUGUAGAGAUGUUCUUAUACUUUGAAGACCAUGGACUAGUGACAUGCUCUGCUGAUCACCUCAUUAUUAUGUGGAAAAAUGGAGAACGAGAGUCAGGAUUGCGCAGUUUAAGAUUAUUUCAGAAAUUAGAGGAUGAUGGCGAUUUGAACCUUGGCUUCUAGUUGUGUUGAACGAGGUGUUCGUGUACAUGAAUUCUGAAUGUCAAACACAGGCUAAGAAGGAUUUAAGAGAGAUCUGGAAAACUGUAACAUAUUCAUUUUCUACAAAAUUUUCAAAUGUAUUUUUUCCCAACUGGGGCGUCAUGUUUUGUUUCCAUUGUCCAAUCUGUAUUGUCUGGACCCGUAGAAAGCGAAUACAUCAUAUAUAGAGAUACAUACAUGUGUAUAUGUUGUGUAUGUCUAUACACGUAAACACACAUCUAUAUGUGAGAGAAUUGGUGGGAGGGGCAGGGCGGGAGGAGGGAGAGGAGCACCUCUCUGGUGAAACGGAUUCCCCUGAGAACUGUACCAUGUGGUCCUCACAUGGCUUCUGAGGUGAUGCCACGGCCACACUCAGAGUCACUAAAGAGGCUUCUCUGACUUGAAGAAAGCGACAUCUUUAGCGGAAUCUCACAAAUAUUAAUACUGCUUUUAGAAGUUUGGACUUAAGACAAAGCCAGCCACCCAACAACCCCAAGAGUCCUUGGCGGAACUUUUCUGGGUCAUUUAUCCCCACAAAAUGCCUUUCUUCCCAAGGGCCGUUAAUGAAAAGGAAGUAACCGGCACUCUACUUUGGACGCUGUUUAACCCUUUAGGGACAUUGAGAAGCAUGUUUGGUGUAGGGGAAGAGCCCUGGCCUUGGGAGGCCGAGGAGCCUGGGGCCCAAGACGGCUUCGGGGGCUUUCGCUUCCUUCCUCUGCCUCGUGGGGCUGGAGGACUCCCCUACUUCCUGGUGAAGAAAGCUCUUUGUGAACUCAGCAGAGCUCUACAGAGGAGUUUUUGUCCCUCUUACAGAAAGCCUGGAAGGUAAUUUCACCCCAGAAAGGAAUAUCUGCUGUUUAACUAUGAAUCCAUAUGAUCAGAGAUGCAGAACUGGACCGGACCGUAAAGGCCGUCUAAUUUGUUAGUUUUUAAAGUAUGUUUUCAAAAAAGGAAAAGAAAACAUUUGUGUAUUGUAGAUUUGUACUGAACCCGGACUGAUGUUCCGGAGGAAAACUCCUGUUGGCCCUCCUUCCCCCUGAGCAGGAUUCCAGCCAGCCAGCGCUCUGGGCAUCAGGAUCCCUUUGAGACUCCAUUUCCUUGUCUCUAAAUCCACCUCCUACAUGGCCACUGUGGUCCCUGCCAGGAUCUGGAAUCCCGAAAAGUCACCUUUAGGGAAUUCAUAGGCAGUUACAAUGCUUAAAUGACGCCUUAGAGAGCUUGAAAGCCUCCCUAGUUAGCUGAAUCGAACCCCGGGAGCUCUAGAGAUCUGGCCGGCCUGUGUCGCCACAGCAACUGUCUUGAGGUGAUGCAGAUGUGUUUGGAGCUGCUUCUUCCAGAGGAGGUCGCGGGGUGGGGGUGGGGAUUGGGAGAGAAGGGAGGGGGUGGCCUGAACUCAAAGGCUUCCUAGAGAUGGACUCCAUCUUAGAGAUCACCUCUUCAGCUCCCCUCUUUUACUGGGAAGGAAGCUGGGCGCACACCUUGCAGCCUCCCCCACGAUCCCUCCUCGGUAGGGCUGCUUUGAAUGUGUUCUGGAGAGAAACUCAAAAAGCCUUGUCCGCAUCGGGGGGCUUUUCCUUUUGACAACCAGGCCUAAAUAGUUCAAUCAAAUUUUAUUUUCCUUCGCUUCUAAAAUCAAUGAGCAUAAAAGCAAUUGGGAUUCUGUGUGCAGUUUUUUCCUCCUCCUUUCCAUGGCAUUAUACUAAAGACUCGGUUUGAACCAGAACUGAAAUUAAACUGAAAAAAACAUUUCUUCUGCUAUUUCUUAGCGUGGCCUGACACAAGCGAUUACCAGCUUGAUUGGCACUGGCAUGGAACCGCAGUCAUAUCCGCCCACCCCCAGCCCCGGCCCAGAUGUGUUAGGGCAGAGCUGGAGCGGCAAAAAGCGGAGUGAUGUGGGACGAGGGAAUUGCCGCUGAUAGCUUAACAUUCAACAGGCUGGUCGUUAAUGAAGGACGGAGGCUCCCAUUAUUCAUUUUUACAUGACUCAAAAAUGAAAGCUGAAAAGGGGCUUCAUUUAUUCAAUGGCUACUAAUAUUUGAUCGUGUUAUCACUGGACAUGUUAGCCUAAUUGCCACGGCAUUAGCUGACCUCCUCUCCUGACUUCCGUAGGCAUUUGGAGUCCACACAUUUAAAAAACUGGUAAGGAUUAAUUUAAAAUUAUUUAAAAAUAAGAUUAAAUGGCUAAGGAAAAUAUUUUCAUAAAGACCUACCAGAUCUGCUUUUAUCUCUUCUCUCGAGGGAUUUCUCGUUUAUACAUUCUAUUAUUUCUGAAGCAAGAAACCUUUGUUCAUGCCUUUAACUGAACUCGUCAAAUACUUGUUCUUCCCUUCCUUUUGUCUAAAUCCGUCUUUACCUGUGUCAGCUACCAGAAUAAUUAUCUUAAAAUCAUAUAAUUUUCAGUUUGGAAGUGGCCCACCAACAUCUUCAACUUCCAGAUGAGAGAGGUGGGCCCUGAAAGGUAACAGCUUUUAAAUACUUUUUUUGGCAACGAUAAUGUCAGUUUUAGUUUUACGCAGAACCCUAAAUUAUAUAUAUAUAAAGAUUGGGUCCCCUGGAGUAGUCAUGAUUGUCUCAUCUAUAAACGGAGACCCAUUAACAAAGUCUGAAGUGAAACGGUGGAAUUGGGCCUGGGAUGAAUGUACGCUAAAUCAGCAGGGCUGGUUCUUUAGACUUGACUUCUUGCUGACACUCUGCCUGGACGUGGUCGGUCUUUUUCUGCAUGUUUCUAAAAUUAAUGCUUUCAUAGUUCUCCCAACAGGCUUCUGCUUCCUUUAGGUGGAGAAGACGGAGAUAGGAGGGCCAGGUCCCCACCCUGAGAUAACAAUAUUCCUUAUGGGUAAUCUUUGAGAAGGAAAUGAUUCACUUUGGGAAAAUAGGAGCGAUCCUUGCUGCAGCGUGCUGUCUCUCCUAUAUCGCUGUCCAGCCUCGGGGCUGCUUUACUUUCUUUUUAUGCCAGUGUAAAAUUAAGACUCUUUUGCCAGGAAUAAAGUGCUAAGGGCUAGAGGACCCUGAUAAAUUGUGUAAAAUAAAAUGUAAAUGCCCUCCUUGAGGGCAAGGACUA